AUGACCCUUGCGACAAACUCCGAAGCGAAGCCUCCUUUGGCAUCGUCCGUCUGGCAUCGGGGGGUGGGCAGGAUGCAGAAGGAACAUGCAGGUGCAUCAGCAUCAACGUGGCUCCUGUACAUGGCUACCAAUUUUGCUCAUGGACCCAACCGGUGCCAUUCCAGGCUUGCGUCAGCGGCUGAGUGCAUACUAUGCAAGUGUGAGCCACACACGACGGUAUUGGCUGCCACAGACGAAGCGGAAUGGACACGGCUUAUAAUGCGACUUUUCAUUCGAGGAGCAUGUCUGUUUUUCGUGCCGGGGGAUCGUGCGAGAUCGCGAUUCCGAUUGCGACGGGAAUUGGGUACCGAGGGCGGAGUGGGGGGUUUGGUCGAGCCAGCUUGGGGGUCACUAGCGCCAUGUGUGUGGAGAAGGGCGGCGGGAAUGAUGGAUGAGACGAGCUGGUCGCUUUGGCCGUGGUAUGGGCAUCUCGGCUACAUGGCUGGCUCCACAUGUCUCUGGUACUACUCCAUAUUGAUCAUUCGAUACCAGGCACGCGUGCUCAGUGCGGCCCGGCAUAGGUAUCCUACACGGCUUAAGAUUGGCAAUAAAAUUCCGCUCCUCCUACCAAAGAAGUCAUCACAUUCGCAUAGGCGCACCGCCACAGCUAACCUUGAAGAGGAAAUAUGCAGACGGCAUAAACGCAAAGGGCAAGGCCAGGUCCCCGCCGAGGAGACGCAGGAGCAUUUCCGAGUAUUGAUACCUUCCUCAGGAUGCGAAUCUUCAACUGGGAUCGUUCUGCAUUUACACGUCCCGACACUUGGCAAGCACCCUGGCCUCUCCAUGAGCAUCUUACGUUGCAAUCGCAUGAAGCAAGCCGAGUUUGCUCCUCUGUACUAUAGCGUGGCCAUGGUUGCACAUGGUCUUCAGAGCCCCUCUCUGGUGGGUAAUUUGGAUUUCAGGUGCCACCAGCGCAACAACAAUGCAAACCCCUCGCAAAACACGAUAAACGAAAGGGCUCUGCACGUGAAAGAGAGGCGCACGAAAAGAGUGCACGCACGAGCAGCUGUGGCUGUGCAAAAACAAACAAAAACGCCCUUGGACUGCCGCUUACCAAGUGGCAAAGGGAAAUACUAUGUUACGGCACAAGAUCCCUACAGGCGAACCACCCAUUCGGGUAAUCGAUCUUCACCAUCUGCGUCCAAAGCGGUCCGAAACGCGAAAUCGGUAGACGUGGGUGGGCAAUCAGGCCGAGCCGCUGUGGCGACGGGCAGAGCGAGCCACACCAAGCAAACAAGUGUGGCGAAAGUGUGGCUACGACUUUCCGUCAUCCCAGUUGCACAUGGACUCCCUGACUGGAGCUUGACGCUGGUUUCGAGGGGUCGCCAACCUAUUCGCAAGGGUAAAGGUAUUUGUUGUAUGCCCAGUUUGCCACUAUGUACGGCGACAAAAAUGAAUGAAGCACAGCUGCUCAUCUCCAGUACUGAUCGCCCCGUUCUCAUGCACAAACAUGUCAUGAUUAUGCCAGCGCAUCUGCAGGAUGGCACACCCCUUGAACUGUUCCCCCUUCACCUUCACAAACUUCACCGCAUGUCGCCGUGUUGA